AUGGGAGCCUCAGAGACCAAUACUCACCUGGGAGCCUCAGAGACCAAUACUCACCUGGGAGCCUCAGAGACCAAUACACACUGGGAGCCUCAGAGACCAAUACUCACCUUGGAGCCUCAGAGACCAAUACUCACCUGGGAGCCUCAGAGACCUAUACUCACCUGGGAGCCUCAGAGACCUAUACUCACCUGGGAGUCUCAGAGACCUAUACUCACCUGGGAGCUACUCACCUGGAUGGCUCGGAGAUCUGUACUCACCUGGGUGUCUCAGAGGCCUAUACUCACCUGGGAGCCUCAGAGGCCUAUACUCAUCUGGGAGCCUCAGAGGCCUAUACUCACCUGGGAGCCUCAGAGGCCUAUACUCACCUGGGAGCCUCAGAGGCCUAUACUCACCUGGGAGCCUCAGAGGCCUAUACUCACCUGGGAGCCUCAGAGGCCUAUACUCACCUGGGAGCCUCAGAGACCUAUAUUCACCUGGGAGCCUCAGAGACCUAUACUCACCUGGGAGCCUCAGAGACCAAUACUCACCUGGGAGCCUCAGAGACCAAUACUCACCUGGGAGCCUCAGAGACCAAUACUCACCUGGGAGCCUCAGAGACCUAUACUCACCUGGGAGCCUCAGAGACCUAUACUCACCUGGGAGCCUCAGAGACCUAUACUCACCUGGGAGCCUCAGAGACCUAUACUCACCUGGGAGCCUCAGAGACCUAUACUCACCUGGGAGCCUCAGAGACUCACCUGGGUGCCUCAGAGACCUAUACUCACCUGGGAGCCUCAGAGACCUAUACUCACCUGGGAGCCUCAGAGACCUAUACUCAUCUGGGAGCCUCAGAGACCAAUACUCACCUGGGAGCCUCAGAGACCAAUACUCACCUGGGAGCCUCAGAGACCUAUACUCACCUGGGAGCCUCAGAGACCUAUACUCACCUGGGAGCCUCAGAGACUCACCUGGGUGCCUCAGAGACCUAUACUCACCUGGGAGCCUCAGAGACCUAUACUCACCUGGGAGCCUCAGAGACCUAUACUCAUCUGGGAGCCUCAGAGACCAAUACUCACCUGGGAGCCUCAGAGACCAAUACUCACCUGGGAGCCUCAGAGACCAAUACUCACCUGGGAGCCUCAGAGACCUAUACUCACCUGGGAGCCUCAGAGACCAAUACUCACCUGGGAGCCUCAGAGACCAAUACUCACCUUGGAGCCUCAGAGACCAAUACUCACCUGGGAGCCUCAGAGACCAAUACUCACCUGGGAGCCUCAGAGACUCACCUGGGAGUCUCAGAGACCUAUACUCACCUGGGAGCCUCAGAGACCAAUACUCACCUGGGAGCCUCAGAGACCUAUACUCACCUGGGAGCCUCUGAGACCAAUACUCACCUGGGAGCCUCAGAGACCUAUACUCACCUGGGAGCCUCAGAGACCAAUACUCACCUGGGAGCCUCAGAGACCUAUACUCACCUGGGAGCCUCAGAGACCAAUACUCACCUGGGAGCCUCAGAGACCAAUACUCACCUGGGAGCCUCAGAGACCAAUACUCACCUGGGUGCCUCAGAGACCUAUACUCACCUGGGAGCCUCAGAGACCUAUACUCACCUGGGAGCCUCAGAGACCUAUACUCACCUGGGAGCCUCAGAGACCAAUACUCACCUGGGAGCCUCAGAGACCAAUACUCACCUGGGAGCCUCAGAGACUCACCUGGGAGCCUCAGAGACCAAUACUCACCUGGGAGCCUCAGAGACCAAUACUCACCUGGGAGCCUCAGAGACCAAUACUCACCUGGGAGCCUCAGAGACCUAUACUCACCUGGGAGCCUCAGAGACCUAUACUCACCUGGGAGCCUCAGAGACCAAUACUCACCUGGGAGCCUCAGAGACCUAUACUCACCUGGGAGCCUCAGAGACCUAUACUCACCUGGGAGCCACAGAGACCUAUACUCACCUGGGAGCCUCAGAGACUCACCUGGGAGCCUCAGAGACCAAUACUCACCUGGGAGCCUCAGAGACCUAUACUCACCUGGGAGCCUCAGAGACCUAUUCUCACCUGGGAGCCUCAGAGACCUAUACUCACCUGGGAGCCUCUGAGACCAAUACUCACCUGGGAGCCUCAGAGACCAAUACUCACCUGGGAGCCUCAGACACCUAUACUCACUUGGGAGCCUCAGAGACCAAUACUCACCUGGGAGCCUCAGAGACCAAUACUCACCUGGGAGCCUCAGACACCUAUACUCACUUGGGAGCCUCAGAGGCCUAUACUCACCUGGGAGCCUCAGAGACCAAUACUCACCUGGGAGCCUCAGAGACUCACCUGGGAGCCUCAGAGACUCACCUGGGAGCCUCAGAGACUCACCUGGGAGCCUCAGAAACUCACCUGGGAGUCUCAGAGACUCACCUGGGAGUCUCAGAGACCUAUACUCACCUGGGAGCCUCAGAGACCAAUACUCACCUGGGAGUCUCAGAGACUCACCUGGGUGGUAGAAUGA